UGCCUCCCCCAUCGGAUGGCUUAAAUCCAUUUGGCAAAAAAGGUUGUGUUCGAUCCCCAACCGCGAUGUGCUAGGGUUUGGAGGCCCGGUGUUCAAUCCCAUCUUCCCUCCGUGCAGCCGCUAGGAUCAGUUUUAUCUUCUUUCUUUCUUUCUUUCCGUGUCAUUGUUAUUAGAUUAGAUUCUAAGUUCCCUGUUGAGAUUCCUUGCUGCUCAUGGGGGCCUGCCGAAAACUACCUCACCUGAUUACGUUUUGUUUUUGGUUUUAGCCCCUUAUUUUUUUUAUAUGCAGAUAGCGCUCGCCGGAAAUUCCAAGCAGUAUAUAGAAUUAUAGAUCGCCGACAUGUGUAGGCGUUUCUUGUUUCAGGAAUUCUCGUCCGUGCUGUCCAGAUCGAUGCCUAAUCGUCCUACCUCCGCUGAAGGAGGAGGCGUUUCUGCUAUCAACAAUGUUUUUAAUGGAGCUCUCCGUCGUUUUAGCACGGUGAUUCCCAAUAACCAUGGCCUUCCUGUUUCUCAAGCAAAGUGCCUGAAUUCUAUUCAAAGCCCUAACGCAGCUACCAAAGCAAACCACCCAACAAUUGGUGUGGUUCCUUUUGCCAGCCGGACUUUCUUCUCUUAUACAAAACCCUACCACCUGCCUUCUCUGGGUGAAACCAAUUACCUGGAUUAUGCAGCAGCAGACUUUAAAGCGUCGGAAGAUGCUUUCAGAAGAGGCAUGAGGAAUAUAAGGUUUGUCAUUGCUGUUAAUGCCGCUAUAUGGUGUUCCAACAUUUACUAUAUGAUCGUCAGCGCUGCCAUGGUGAUAAGUCCAAAGAUGAAAGUAGGAACUUCCAGGAACCAUGAGGUGGGCUAGUUUGUGUUCCCCUAAUUGUGCUUUAGACUGCACUGAACAACUAAAUAUUAAGUCUGUAUCCCUUGAACUCCGUACCGAUCAAAUAUGGAGCCUGGAAUAUUUUAUUUGUUUUAUAUGUUGAAGUGAUACGUGCAAUAUAUAUAUGUAUUAUUAUUACAAGGCUUCUGUUAUGGAUAUUACAGAGAGUCAUCUCGGUGGGAUGUACUAGAAAGCAGGGGUGGUCUGUUUUGUUUAUUUUGAAUGAAUGGGUUUAUUGUUGGCUUA